AUGAUGAUGAUAGAUGAGUUUACUUACUAUAAAAAAAAUCCUUCCUUUAAUUUAACUAUAACUUACCGAAACCAAAAGCAAAGCCGCAUGCAUGGCCCAGUUCCAACCCAACCAAGUCGAAAGUAACACUUUUUUCAUACUCAGAAGUACAUUCCAUUCCCAUGGCUCUCUUCCGAAGGUUCUUUUACCGGAAACCACCCGAUCACCUCCUCGAGAUCUCCGACAGACUCUAUGUUUUUGAUUGUUGCUUCUCCAAGAAUGUGUUGGAGGAAGAGGAGUACAAGGUUUAUAUUGGGGGGGUUUUGGGUCAGCUACAGGAUCACUAUCCGGAUGCUUCUUUCAUGGUGUUCAAUUUCAGAGAAGGGGAUAGGCGCAGUCGAAUUUCAGACAUAAUGUCUCAGUAUGAGAUGACAGUUAUGGAGUACCCUCGGCAAUAUGAGGGUUGUCCCCUUUUGCCUCUGGAGAUGAUUCACCACUUCCUUCGGUCAAGUGAGAGCUGGUUGUCUUUGGAGGGCCAACAAAACGUGCUUUUGAUGCACUGUGAAAGGGGUGGUUGGCCUGUGCUUGCGUUUAUGCUAGCUGGUCUUCUGUUGUACAGGAAACAGUACAAUGGGGAACACAAAACUCUUGAAAUGGUGUACAAGCAAGCACCUAGAGAACUUCUCCAUCUCCUAUCCCCUUUGAAUCCACAACCCUCUCAUUUGAGAUAUCUUCAGUACAUUUCAAGGAGGCAUUUGGGUUCUCAGUGGCCUCCUUCAGAAACACCCUUAUAUUUGGAUUGCAUUAUUCUGAGGGUCCUUCCAUUGCUUGACGGUGGAAAAGGAUGCAGACCGGUUGUGCGUGUCUAUGGUCCAGACCCUUCAAAACCUUCCAACCGAAGUUCUAAGCUUCUUUCCUCAACUUCAAUGGGCCAAAAUCAUGUUCGUCACUACAUGCAGGCAGAAUGUAUGCUCGUGAAAAUUGACAUCCGUUGUCAUGUUCAAGGGGAUGUGGUUCUUGAGUGCAUACAUUUAAGUGAUGAUUUUGUUGGUGAGGAGGUGAUGUUCAGAGUCAUGUUUCAUACUGCGUUUGUACGGUCAAAUAUACUGACGCUGAGCCGCGAUGAAAUUGAUAUUCAGUGGGAUGCAAAGGAUCACUUCCCCAAGGACUUCAAAUUUGAGGUGCUUUUUUUGGACGCUGAUGCUGUUAUGCCUAAUCUAAACACAGUCGAUGCGAGUGAAGAUGCUAGUGACACAGAAUGUGCUUCACCUGAGGCUGAGGAGUUCUAUGAAGCAGAAGAGAUCUUCAGCAAUGUAAUUGAUGUACUGGAAGGUAAGGGAGAUUAUGAUUUUCCAAUGGUUCAUGACAGUGGAGUGGAUGAUGGAAGUCAUACAGAGAUCUGGAAAGAGUAUUCAGAUCCUCAUACUUUUCUGGAUUCCAUGUUAGAUGAUGGGAUUCACCAACAGGUUGAUGAUACGAGGUACAAGCUUGACAAGAGGGUGGUUUUAGAUACUCAUGCUGUCAAAGAUAUUGGAGUGGAUUAUGGAGUAACUUUCAUGACAAAGGAAGUCACUGUGAAUGCUCUUGAUAAGUUGGCAGUUAAGCAAAACAAAUAUGGCGAAGAGAACAACAAAACGGAAGAAGAGUUAGAUUCAGAAGCAGGGCUGCAGGUGCUUGAUAUUUCCAGACCAAAAUCUGAUAAAUUACUUAUUUCUUCUCAAAAGAAACAUCUUCCUUCAAACUCAAAGCCCAUGCAAGAACCACAUGGUUUUCAGGCACAUUAUGCAAAACCCAAUGUAACAACUAGGUCGGUUCCUUCUAGUAAGGGUGCUUCUCAAGAUUCCAUGCAUGUCUCAUAUCCACUAUCAAGGAACAAUAGUUCACCACUUAGAUUGUCAUAUGUUACCUCUGAAAAGGAGGAAAUUAUUGCCAAAGGAAAAUCUACUUCUAGUUCUCAUGUCUCUGAAGCAAUUGCUUUUACGGACACGAUAAAUGACCCGAAAAGCUGUCAUGGUGAUAACUCAAAAUCUUCAAACAUUGUACCUGAAAUAGGCUCAAACUCUCCACUAUUAUCAUUACUGUCAGUCAAAGAGACAUCUCUUCAGUUAGCUAAUCAAGCACCACAACAGAGCUAUGGUCAAAUGUUACAACUUCAUCCACCUCCACCUCCUCCUCCACCUCCAGGUUUUGGGCAAAAUACCCAUUGGAAAUCUGUUGGACAAAACAAUGGAGCUUUACCUACUUCUCCUCAUUCUCCUCCCAUUGCAAAUGGUGUAAUUCCACCAAAAGUUUCACUACCACCACCACCACCUCCUCCCCCUCCUCCUCCUCCCCCUCCUUUGCAGUCUACAAAUGAACCCUCCCUCCCUUCUCCCUCAAUAUCUCCAACAACGUUUAAAGCUCCACCUCCUGCACCCCGACCACCACAUUAUCCUCCACCUCCUUUAAGCAAAUCUACACCACUUCCUCCUCCUCCUUUAAGUACUGCUCCACCACCGCCACCUCCUCCUCCUUCUUUAUCCAGAGGUUCACCUCCCCCACCACCUCUUCCUCCAUCAAGUGGAGCACCACCUCCACCAUCAUCUUCUUCACUGUCCAGAGCUCCACCUCCUCCACCUCCACCAAAUCGUGGACCACCACCACCAACAAUGCCUGGAGGCACAGCUCCUCCACCACCUCCAGGUGGUCGAGGACAACCUCCUACUGGAACACGAGCUCCUCUUGCUCAUUCUCCUCAUGUACCUCUUGGUGGUGCUACUUUUCCUUCAGCAAUUGGAACUGAUACAAGAGGGAAAGGUCGUGGACUUGGACGUCCUACAGGGUCUGGUGCCAUGGGAACUCGGAAAUCCUCCUUAAAGCCUCUGCAUUGGAGUAAGGUAACAAGAGCAUUGCAAGGAAGUUUAUGGGAUGAACUACAAAGACGUGGAGAGCUUCAAAUAACACAAGAGUUUGACGUUUCAGAGAUAGAGAAGCUUUUUUCUGCAAAUGUUCCGAAACCUGCUGAUUCAGAUGGUAAAUCUGGUGGGCGGCGCAAAUCUGUUGGAUCCAAAGCUGACAAAAUCCACUUGAUUGACCUAAGGAGGGCCAAUAAUACUGAAAUUAUGCUCACAAAGGUUAAGAUGCCUCUUCCUGAUAUGAUGGCUGCAGUACUGGCUAUGGAUGAUUCAGUGUUAGAUGUUGAUCAGGUGGAAAAUCUCAUUAAAUUUUGUCCAACCAAAGAGGAGAUAGAGCUUUUAAAGGGAUACACCGGUGAUAAGGAGAAUUUGGGGAAGUGUGAAAAGUAUUUUUUAGAGCUGAUGAAAGUGCCAAGAGUGGAGUCAAAACUUAGAGUAUUCUCUUUCAAAAUUCAGUUUGGGACUCAGAUUACAGAGUUUAAGAAGAGUUUACAAACAGUCAACUCUGCUUGUGAAGAGGUCCGAAAUUCAUUCAAACUAAAGGAGAUCAUGAAGAAAAUUCUUUAUUUGGGUAAUACAUUGAAUCAAGGAACAGCAAGGGGAUCUGCUGUUGGAUUCAAGUUAGAUAGUCUCUUAAAACUAACCGACACUCGUGCUUCAAAUAGUAAAAUGACACUAAUGCAUUUUCUUUGCAAGGUCCUAGCUGAAAGGUUUCCUGGACUCCUUGAUUUUCACCUUGACCUUGUUAGCUUGGAAGCAGCCACUAAGAUACAAUUGAAGUCAUUAGCAGAAGAAAUGCAAGCAAUCAUCAGGGGAUUAGAAAAGGUUAAACAGGAGCUUGCUGCAUCUGAAAAGGAUGGCCCAGUGACUGAAGUUUUUCGUAAGACAUCGAAGGAAUUCAUUGCUGUUGCAGGGUCCGAGGUGGCAUCUGUAACAAACCUGUAUUCUGUGGUGGGAAGAAAUGCAGAUGCACUUGCCCUAUAUUUUGAAAAGCAGAGGAUGAGAAAGGAGAGUAGACAAGUUACUACAACUCUCUUGAAUUUCACAAGGUUGUUUCUGAAGGCACAUGAAGAGAAUUGCAAACAAACAGUGUUAGAGAAAAAGAAAGCUGAUAAAGAGGCUGAAAUGGAGAAGGCUAAAGGCAUUAACUUCAUAAGGAAGAGUGGAAAAGAUGAAGAAGAAGAAAGUUGAGGUGGUUGAAGCGUAGAAGACUAAGGGUAUUCACUUGAGGAGAAAGAGGGCAAAGAUAGUUGAAAACUGGGUUUUCUGCUCAUUUGCACCAACUUCAUUCUCAAGCCAAAGAGCAGAGAUCUACCUGUGAGAUCUUGGUGUGACAAUUAGCCUUUCAAGGUGAUCUAAUGAAGUGAAAUGGCACAUUCUGUCCAUCUAUGAACAUAAAGAAAAGUCCUGGGAGUGGAUUCAUUGAUGACCUGUUGAAUCAAAUUUUUGUUGAUCAUUCACAGAAGAAUACUCGGGAAAGGCCAAUCUAGACCCAGCAUGAAUGCUUCUCAUGAUCACUUGAGAAUCAUGGGCAUCCAGUGAAUGCCAUGUAAUGUGAAAUUUUGAUGUAGGCCAUGCUUCAACUAGAGUAGAACUGGCUUUGGUUUUUAUCAUUCAUUUGACAUUUGUCCAUCACCAAAGCCUAUGUGGUACCAUGAGAAAACCUUGUACAAAGUUUGAACCCUCUUCUCUGGGAUUCAAUUCUUCUCAUGUAAAAUAGAAAGUAGCUUCCCUUUUUUCCUUUUAAUAGAGAUUUUAGUGGGACACCCCAAGAGCAUGUUGUAAACUGUCAGGUUAAGAAAAGAAAAUAAUUAGAAAUAAGGUCUCUGUACUGUAAUUGUAUGACAAGCCUGAGAUAGGAAUCCUAGUUUCCGUUAUCUUUUGUAAUGCAAUACAUAUUAGUGAAAAAAAAAAUCUUUUGUUGCAUUCAG